GCUCACGAGAAUUCUGUGUUAAACAAUUUUUUAGCUUAUUGUUUACUCUUUUCUCCUCCAAAUUUCUAGGGUUUCUCUCGAAGAAUUUUCUGUAAGUAUUUUUUUUGGAUUUGGAAAGUUUGUGAUUCGUUUGGGAAAAGUUGGGUUUGGAACAAACAUCAAAAUUUUGUAUUGUGAAUGAUCUAAUGGAGUCAAAAGGUGGUAAAAAGAAGUCUAGUAGUAGUAGUUCCUUAUUUUACGAAGCUCCCCUCGGCUACAGCAUUGAAGACGUUCGACCAAACGGUGGAGUGAAGAAGUUCAGAUCAGCUGCUUACUCCAACUGCGCGCGCAAACCAUCCUGAUAUUUCCUAAACUUCCUUCCUUAAAGCGUCAAUAGACGCAACCAAAAAAAAAAA